GCUUCCUCCCCAAGUAAUUUGUUCGAAGUUACCAAAGUGGAGUCUGUUACCAACUUGGUACCACCAAAGCAUCUUAACCCAUCCCUCUCGGCCUAUUCGUCCAUUCGCUUGCGACAAUACCCUGUAGAAAGGAAAUAUAGAAGGAGAAAAAAUAAAGUAUGGCUGCAUCUGCAGUAUUGGUUGAUCCAAGAUUUUACAAUGUGCCUUCAUUUUCAAACGAGGAAGAUCUCUAUGGUUGUUAUAAGUCCAUGCAAUGCCAGAUCAGAUUCAUUGAUGGUCAGGAGAAUUACAUGAAGGAAGAGCUGAAGAAUUUAAAGCAAGAAUUGUUCCAGGCCCAGAACGAAGUGGAGAAGAUAAAAUCAGUUCCUCUCAUUGUUGGUCAGUUUAUGGAAGUGGUUGAUGAGAACAGUGGCAUUGUUGGCUCGACUACUGGUUCCAAUUACUAUGUUAGGAUUCUCAGCACCAUCAACCGGGAGCUGUUGAAACCUUCGUCAUCAGUGGCAUUGCACCGUCACUCAAAUGCCCUUGUUGAUGUAUUGCCACCUGAAGCUGACUCGAGCAUUUCACUUUUGAGCCAGUCAGAAAAGCCAGAUGUUACCUAUAAUGACAUUGGUGGAUGUGACAUUCAAAAGCAGGAAAUCCGUGAAGCUGUUGAGUUACCUUUGACACAUCAGGAGCAAUACAAACAGAUUGGCAUAGAUCCCCCUCGAGGAGUAUUGCUUUAUGGACCUCCCGGCACUGGUAAAACAAUGCUUGCCAAGGCUGUUGCUCAUCACACGAGUGCAGCCUUCAUUAGGAUGGUUGGUUCAGAAUUUGUUCAGAAGUAUAUAGGCGAGGGUCCGAGAAUGGUUCGUGAUGUUUUCCGCCUUGCCAAAGAGAAUGCUCCUGCUAUUAUAUUUAUUGAUGAGGUUGAUGCUAUCGCUACAGCUCGGUUCGAUGCUCAAACUGGAGCUGACAGAGAAGUUCAGAGAAUCCUCAUGGAACUCUUGAAUCAGAUGGAUGGAUUUGAUCAAACGGUGAAUGUAAAGGUUAUAAUGGCAACUAACAGGGCCGACACACUGGACCCUGCACUUCUACGCCCUGGUAGGCUUGACCGGAAAAUUGAAUUCCCUUUGCCUGAUAGGCGACAAAAGAGGCUUGUGUUUCAGGUUAGCACUGCGAAGAUGAACUUAAGUGAUGAAGUAGACUUGGAAGAUUAUGUCUCCCGACCUGAUAAGAUUAGUGCUGCUGAGAUUGUAGCAAUUUGUCAGGAAGCAGGAAUACAAGCUGUGCGCAAGAACCGGUAUGUCAUAAUGCCCAAGGAUUUUGAGAAGGGUUACCGAGCAAAUGUAAAGAAGCCAGUCACUGAUUUUGAUUUCUACAAAUGAAGGACCUCAAGCAAAUAUACAGUUGGAUUACCUGGUUAAGAUCUCACCUCACCCUCCCAAACCAUGUCAAUUUGAAGGAUUACAUAAGAUUGAAUAAGAAACUGUUUUACCUACAUUGACUAA